UAUGCCUGCUUUUCUAUGGUGCUCACCGCAACUCAGUCAAUCGUCAAACGUUCAACUAGCAAGUCGUCAUCAUUAUUGUACUUGGAGUAUUUCAAAAUGUUUUCAUUAACACGAAUGACAUCAUAUUUGCUGGCUGUUAUUGUAACUUUAAAUGCCAUCAAUGCCACCUCAGUACCUGAUCCCUGUUUGAUUCAUCGCAAGUGUUCAACCACAGAGGAUAUAGUCUAUGCAGUGGAUGAUCAUCAAUGUUAUCUAUUCCGUAAUCCUUGCAUAUAUGAUACUGCUAUAUGCCAAAGAAGAGAAAAUAAAGAGUCAGAACUUAAAACUGUCACCAAGGAAGAGUGCAAAGAGAAGUGCCAUAACUACUGCACUGAGGAACUGUUUCCAGUUUGUACUGAAUAUAAUAGUACUCUUGAGACCUUUUCAAAUAAGUGUGAAUUCCUUAGGACCAGUUGCCAGAAUGACAAAUCAUACAUUUUCAGCCACUAUGGAGCUUGCGAGAAAGCAUAAACAUUUAAUCUAAAUUAUUAAGAUAUUUGAUAGUACUGAGGAAUGUUAUGAUGUUAUAUCAUAUAAAUGUAAUAAAAUUAGUUUUUUUUAAUAUAUUA